CAUGCUCCUGUUUCUUCUCUCCCCUCCAGCUCAGGCCCGCAGGACCGAGGAGUGGCCCAGUUUACUGGGUCCCAGAGCUUGCCUCAGAGCAGCCUUUAUGGCAUAACCUCUGGCCUACCCCAGAUAGUUGCCCAGCCCCCACCACAAGCUGCCAGCGCACAUGCCCACAUUCCACGGCAGACCAGUGUGGGCCAAAAUGCUUCUGCUCCAGCCGCUUAUGGACAGAACUCUCUGGGGAGUGCUGGCCUCUCCCAGCAGCACAAUAAGGGAACCCUGCCUCCUGGUUUAACAAAGUCACAAGUCCCAAGGGUGUCAGCAGCCAUGGGAGGCCAGAAUGCCUCAUGGCAACAUCAGGGAAUGCCAAACCUGAGCAGCCAGACGCCAGGGAACAGCAGUGUGAGCCCCUUCGCUGCACCUUCCAGUUUCCACAUGCAGCAGGCCCACCUGAAAAUACCUGGCCAGCAGUUCUCCCAAGCCAUGCCCAGCAGGCCCAUGGCCCCCAUGAGUUCAGCAGGUGCAGCAGGGUCCAUGCUGCCCCCAGUGAGCACACAGCAGAGGAACAGUGCCCCUGCACCCGCACCUCCCCAAGCAGCCCCUCAGCAGGGCUUGCCUGGCUUAAGCCCUGCAGGGCCUGAGCUGGGGGCCUUUAGCCAGAGCUCCACUUCACAGAUGAACAGCCGGGCGGGGCUGCACUGUACUCAGGCCUACCCCGUGAGGACCAUGGGCCAAGAGCUGCCCUUUGCCUUCAGUGGGCAGCCAGGCAGCAGUGGGCUGUCCAGUGUGGCUGGACACACUGAUCUGAUCUCCUGCUUGCUGAAGAACAGGACUUCUGAGGAGUGGAUAAAUGAAUUGGAUGAUCUUUUAGGGUCACAGUAAUGGAGAGAUAUGUGGUGUCUUCGAUGUUUAGACAUCUUAUAUUUUUGUUCUCAGAUUCAAGAAAGAGCAACUACUUUGGACCAAAAGCCCAUGGCCCAGAGAACUGGGCCAGUAGAACUUAAGCAACAGCUAAGGCCAGCAGCGGUCAGUAUCUGCUGGUCCGUUGGGCUGGCCCAGCCCAUUGGCAUCACUACCUGGGGUUGGGAUAGCAGGAUAGGAGUUUGAAAGGUGGCUUCCUACCCAGAUGACCAAAAAGCCAAUGGAAACACUUAAGCCCCACCAUAUCAGGCUUGUCAAAAAUAAUGUGCUGUGUUUUUACCCAAGAUUUCUCCACUUGCCUCAAGGCUGGGAACAAAUUUCUGUUGAAAUUUUAAAUAGAAUUAUUUGCAUUUUGUAGCAUAGAAGUAAUUUUCUUAAUUUAAGAUUUUUUUUUAAGCAGAUUAGGCUAGGUGGUGGUUGUAUUCGUAAGCGGCACUGGAGACCUAGGGUUUCCCUUUUGAGUCAGAGCCUUUUCUGUUCCUGCUCUGUCAGCUUUCAUGGUCACUGGAAAUCAUUGCCACAAGUAUAGGCUGUGAGUGCAGAUGCCAGAAUGAUCAGGAUGCCACAAGAUGCUAGAUCUAGUGGUCCAGAUAGGGUCCUUCCUUAAAGCUCCUACUUCCUGGCUGCCACUCACACUUUAGAUACUGGGCCCCCAAGGAGUCCCCUCCAUAUCCUGUCAUGGCUAAAUGCAGAGGGUGGAUAUUUAGGGUCCAACCUUCUGUAUCUCUCUGACAACCUGUAUUUACCAUGGUAGAUGUGCCAUUCAGUUGUGCACAUGUCUCUCCUCCUCCACAACAUCCCCAUGACCCUUCUCUGCCUCCUCAUCCUCUUCCAGCCAAAACAGGAAACGGUGAUUUAUUUUAUUACAUUAUAAGAGGAAAAGUCAAACUCCUUAGGGAGCCUCAGCCUUGCACAGGUUUGGGGAAAGAAGGCUGCAGGCAGCCCGCCACCUAGGAGUCACUUUAUUCUUUAUCUGCCAUACUUCUGCUCCUCCCGCAGCUGAUUUGCACUUUUAAAGUGGUUUUAUAACACUAACCCGUCCUUGCUAAAGAUUCGAGUGGAUUCUCUUGGAAGGUCUGUUGCUGAACAUGUCUUAGCAGAGAAACCAUGGAGUAGAAUAUGGCAAGGGGGCUGCUGACAGCACUUGUCCUUGUCACAAGCAAGAUGGUGUGCACAGAGCGAGACCUUGAAGAGGAUGGUGGAGGGAAAGGGCUUUGCUGGAGUGACUUGCCUGCAAGGAGGUCUGUAGAGGAACCACAGCUCCACCCACUGUCCUGGGUCCCAGAACACUUGAUCCAGUGUAAAGAACUGAGCCAAGGAAAUGACAGAGCAGCCUGUGCACUUGGAGGGUCAGAGGGUGUACACACUGCUAAACUAGUUUGCACCAGCAGUGCCUUUUUCACUGAGGGCACCUGUGCUCUCGGGUCCUUGUCUCAUAGCCAUUUCUCCUGCCACCUGUUCUCCCCAGAAACUCAGUUCAGCUCUCAGAGAAGCAGGUGAAUCAUAAAGCCAGUGAAGACGCCACCCUCUGAUAGUUCCCCAACUGUAGGGGGAGAGGGUGACUUCUGCAGGUUCGCUACCAAAAAUAUGGCCGAGAGCUGGAGCCAGAUCGUGGUUCCUCCUCCAGCCUCCUGCGACAGCUGCCCACCUCCUGCCCCCAUUGCCCAGCUGGCCCCAGCACUCUACCUUAGGUCCAGGUUGGCCACGCGGGUGGUGGGCGGCUCACUAGCUGCAGUGUCAUAGCAAUAAAAAUGUGAUUCUUGGGGUUCUCCCCCCCCAGAGCUGCCCUUGGCUUUAUUUAUGAAUCUGGCUUUGGGGAGUUGGGAAGAGGUGACCCCACUUCCUCGCACAUCCCAUCUUCUCAGAGCCAUGACUCAAGAAGAAAAGGGUGCUCGGACUUUUCUUAUACACAUGUGCUUUGUGUAAAUAAAUGUUUACAAUUUUAUAUUGAAGAUGAAAUAAGUGUUAGAGCGUCCAACUGUAUAUUUUUUACUUUUAUAGAUUUUAAAACUGAUCCUUUAUAUGUGUUUGGAGCUAUGAUAAGUUUUAUGGCAAGCAGUUGGUAUUGUUAACUUUUUACGGUCAUCAAAAAUGCAUAAAAGUCCUAUUAAUCCCCUUAUUCUGCUUCCCUUAGCUCUGGUAUACACCAAAAAGAAGUCUCUACUUUCCUUGUGUUAUAAAAAUAAUAAAAAUAUUUUACUAGUAUGGAAA